AUGUGUAUUCCCCUCUCCUCUCUCUUUUGCCAUUGUCCUUAUACACAUUGUUGUCCCGUGUAUUCUCCCCGCAUUUCUUUCAUCAUACAUGUAACAUGCCAUGUCGCGAGCAAGGGUUGGGGUAUGGCCGCCGUGGAGCCAUACAGACGCUUUGUGUCGAUAGAGCUUCCCUUUUGCCUUCCUGUAACGGUGGAAACCAACACCGACGGUACCCAUUCCUCAUGUGCCACGGCCACGGCGGAUCGCCACACGGUAGAGGCAUUUGUUCCCCCGUCAUUCCUUCGACCUUGUAUCGACGACAUCAUACCGACGGCACGGGAGAAGGCGGAACGUCAGGAAGGAGGUAACGACACCGCGGGAAAGGGUGAACCGAAGGAAAUGUUGGGUAUUGCAACAACGACGGAAUAUUGCACGGGGGAAAUAUUCUCAGGGUGGCGGUCGCUGGAUUUUGACGCGGAUCUGGAGAGUCGUUUGGAGGGAACUGCCGACGGAAACCGUAGCAAGCUGACGACUACGGCAAAUGAAGAAGGGGAGGCAGAAAGAGAACGAAUAAGGCGCGAGUCCUUUCCCUCCAUUACCCCCCAGCUCUUGCUUCAGGGAUUCUUUCGUAAUGAUCUCCUGGUGGAGGUGAAACGCACGCGACGGGUUAAACGAUUGCGUAAUGUGGAGACGGGACGUGUGGUAAAAGAAACUUACGUUGAUGGUGGCACUGAUCACAAGCAAACGGGGGUAACUGUAUUAGGUGUUGUGUCACGCGAAGUAGACAUUGUUAAACCGGCGGAUUUCUGUUUUUCCCCUUUCACGAGCGAAAAUAUUGAAUCAUUUCCAGAACUGUGCAGUGGGAACAUUUUUCCACCAGGUCACUUUAUAGGCGAGAAGAGUCCGUUCGAGGUCGCUUUAGUGUAUGAUUCACACUCGGGGAAGAGGGACAUGGACCGCCUGGAUAACACUGCAACAUCAUUUAACUGCGAUGAGGCACCACUGUGGGAGUUUGAGGGCGUUCCCACGCUGACGAUGGCAGCAGGCGACCCAAACAUUCCACCGCCACCGAGUCAAGCGCAGAUGGAUAUCCUCCGCCGCCUGAACGAAGGUUUUGAUGAGCAAGGCUGCAUAGAGGUGCGAGCCGUGAAGGCGCUCUUGGAAGAGCGUCCGGUAUGGGUGACGAAGGACCUCAUAGACGCCAUUUUCGAAACGGGUGUAUGCCCUCGCACACACAUAAAUAAAAAGGCUGUGGCGUGCUUGACGUAUAUCAUUAAAAAUGGGCCGUUUAAUAGGAUGCGCAUCCGUAUGGGGUUCAACCCAUAUGCCAACCCCAGCUCAGCAUGCCUGCAAAGAAUCGCUGUGAAGAUCUGCCGUCGCUCUGAGUUAGGUACAUGCCUGCGUGACAUUAGUCGCGUUCCCUACAUCAAUGAGGUGCUGCAAGAAAUACUUGACAGUAAAUCCCACAAGCGAGGCUCAGAGGAGGAUAGCGGUGCUUUCAAACGGCCAAGUUCGCUGCCAUACCGCCCACGGGGAACACUUUUCGAGAGGCUCGCAAGGGCUAUUGGGCUAGGACAACUUUAUGUCGCCCUUCAGUUAAUUGAUGUGAGUGAUGACGCCUUUCUACAAGAACUACUUUCAACCGUCUCCGCAGAUGCAGAAAUUCCCCUUGAAGACCGUACGUGGCGAUGUGGUUGGAUAGGUAGUGGGUGUUACCAGCGAGCUAUCAAUCACAUAAUUAGUACCUUUACAACAUUUAUUCGAGAAGAGGUAGAACCAGUGCUGCAGAGGAGACGAAGCGGCCAAGAAAACGACCAAGUUGGGGAAAGUGCAGGUGAGCGGUCUCCGUAUGCCUCCUCCACCUCCAGUGUGUCACCAGAGAGUUAUGGUGAUGAUGAUAAUGAGGACUCACUCGAGAGUGUUAGUCCUGUAGACGAUUUGUCCCAGCAUCCAGAUGACGGAUGA